AUGACAAUAGGGGGAAUGGAGAACGUGGAGGUCUUCACUUCUGAGGGCAAAGGCAGGGGUCUGAAGGCCACUAAGGAGUUCUGGGCUGCUGACGUCAUCUUUGCCGAGCGGGCUUAUUCCGCAGUGGUCUUUGACAGCCUUGUGAAUGUUGUGUGCCACACCUGCUUCAAGAGGCAGGAGAAGCUCCAUCGCUGCGGGCAGUGCAAGUUUGCCCAUUACUGUGACCGCACCUGCCAGAAGGAUGCUUGGCUGAACCACAAGAAUGAGUGUUCGGCCAUCAAGAGAUAUGGGAAGGUGCCCAAUGAGAACAUCAGGCUGGCGGCGCGCGUCAUGUGGCGGGUGGAGAGAGAGGGCGGCGGGCUCACCGAGGGCUGCCUGGUCCCCGUGGACGACCUGCAGAACCACGUGGAACACUUCGGGGAGGAGGAGCAGAAAGAGCUGCGGGGGGACGUGGACACUUUCCUGCAGUACUGGCCGCCGCAGAGCCAGCAGUUCAGCAUGCAGUACAUCUCGCGGAUCUUCGGCGUGAUUAACUGCAAUGGUUUCACGCUCAGUGACCAGAGAGGCCUGCAGGCAGUGGGUGUGGGCAUCUUCCCCAACCUGGGCCUGGUGAACCAUGACUGCUGGCCCAACUGCACGGUCAUAUUUAACAACGGCAAUCAUGAGGCAGUGAAAUCCAUGUUUCACACCCAGAUGAGAAUUGAGCUCCGGGCCCUGGGCAAGAUCUCGGAAGGGGAGGAGCUGACCGUGUCCUAUAUCGACUUCCUUAACACCAGCGAAGAACGCAAGAAGCAGCUAAAGAAGCAGUACUACUUUGACUGCACGUGUGAGCACUGCCAGAAGGGGCUGAAAGACGACCUGUUCCUGGGCGUGAAAGACGACCCGAAGCCCUCUCAGGAGGUGGUGAAGGAGAUGAUACAGUUCUCCAAGGAUACGCUGGAAAAAAUUGACAAGGCUCGCUCUGAGGGUUUGUACCACGAGGUUGUGAAAUUAUGCCGGGAGUGCCUACAGAAGCAGGAGCCGGUGUUUGCUGACACCAACAUCUACACGCUGCGGAUGCUGAGCACCGUUUCCGAGGUCCUCUCCUACCUGCAGGCCUUUGAGGAGGCCUCACACUACGCCAGGAGGAUGGUGGAUGGCUAUAUGAAGCUGUAUCACCCCAACAAUGCCCAGCUGGGCAUGGCCAUCAUGCGGGCAGGGCUGACCAACUGGCAUGCUGGCCACAUUGAGGUGGGGCACAGCAUGAUCUGCAAAGCCUACGCCAUUCUCCUGGUGACACACGGACCCUCCCACCCCAUCACCAAGGACUUAGAGGCCAUGCGGAUACAGACGGAGAUGGAGCUGCGCAUGUUCCGCCAGAACGAGUUCAUGUACCACAAGAUGCGCGAGGCCGCCCUGAACAACCAGCCCAUGCAGGUCUUGGCUGAACCCAGCAAUGAGCCGGCGCCGGCUCUGUUCCACAAGAAGCAAUGA